AUGCCUGCCAACCACAACAGGCAGCCUGGCAAACGAAUGCAGACACACGUCAAGUGCUGCUCCAAGGCGAAUGCACACCACCGUGCCUCCCCCCACGCACGUCCGUACACCUUAAAGCUACACUGGAAACCCGCGCCACGGCACUACUGCCCCUCUGGUCCCGGCGUCCCUCUCUGCGUGCGCGCGUGUGUGUGUGUGUGUGUGUGUGUGUGUGUGUGUGUGUGUGUGUGUGUGUUUGGACGCAACGAGAACAACAACGAGAGGUCUCUCUCUGUCUCUCAAAAUCUCUCAAAAUUUCUCUUUUCGUCUCUCUCUCUCGUAAAAUCUCUCUGUCUCUCUAAUCUCUCUCUCUCUCUCUAA